CUGCCUUCACCAAACCCCUCCCUUCCCUUUCGCUCUCUGCGGUCUUCUCACUGCCUCCUCUUCUCGCUUCCGCUCACCGCCCGUUCACCUCUCUGGACGUACCGCUACGCGCUUUCUCAGCGAGGAGACGGAUAGAGAUGCUGCUGAGGAAGCGGCAGCGGCCGCCCAUGCGGCGGACGACGAGCAUGACGGAGUUCGCGGCCGAGGUGGAGGGCCCGGUGACGGCCGAUCAGGUAGGGGCCGAGAACCAGAGCCGCCGCCCCCACAUCCUCCAGAAGCAGCGGAACCAGCGGCGGGCGGCGGAGGCCGCGCUGUGGAGGAGCGGCGGGGCCGGGGGUCGGAGGAGGAACUCCGGGAACUUCGCGGUGGUGGAGACCGCUUCCUUUUUGAUGGCCUGCGGCCUCUGCAAGCGCCGCCUGGGCCCCGGCCGCGACACGUUCAUGUAUAGGGGUGACAUCGCAUUCUGUAGCCUCGAGUGCCGGCAGCAGCACAUGAACCAGGACGAGCCGAAGGAGAAGUGCUCCCUAACUUCCUUGAAGGAUACUCCCCCGGCGACCAAUGGCUCUGAGAGUUCCGACGGUGGUGAAACUGUUGCUGCCGCUUAGUUUUCGACCGGCGUAUCGUAUCCUAUCGUAGUUGCAUAUUGUGAAUGCCAUAAGACAAAAGUAAAUAGACGUAGCUGAGUGUUUCCAUGGUUUUCCAGCAUCAUUUCAGGUGCUGAUGUGCUUGGCAACCUUUUUCUUUUGUUGUUGUGGGAGAGUGAAAAGGGACUGUAGCAUCGUUUUGAGAUAUUGGAAGAACAUGUUCUGUAAACAUGAUGCUAAAGCAAUGCCAAACUUUAUCUUUUUGUGAUC